AUGAUCCCUCCCUGCGAUCCCACGAUCCUCGAAAGCAAUCCCCAAUUCAAAAAACUGUACCAACAACUGACAACUACCGUCCUCAACCUCGAUGGGUCCACACGCGCAAACGAUGCGCAACCGGCCAGACAAGAAGUCCUGGAAGACCUGAAGAAUUGUCGCAUACGACAUGCAAAAAGGCAGAUUGAGAAACAGACGUUGAGGCGGUUGGCGUUUGAUCCGGAGAGUGGGUUGGCAAAUGAGUACCGAGAUAUCGUCGCUAUAAUCGUGCUCUACUUAGAGACUCCGCGAGGCCAGGUCGGUAAAGAUACCGACGACCCCGGUAAUGGCAUAGAAAGCAGCGAGGUAUCCUCACUCCUCGCUCCAGACAUCGAAGCAUUCUACACCAACAUCCCAGUCUUCAUCCCCUCCUUCUCUAACGCCCUCGCAUCUGCCGUCGACGACCUCCGAGCCAUAACAGACACCGACCCGUCCACUGCGGAAUCCAAAGAUCUUCCGCGAACCCCUCGAGUCCGUACGUGGCAAGCCACGACUAGACCUACACAGCCGGCGCUGCUGAACCCACGACUUGGCGAGCGAUUGCGGCAGCUACGUCAGGCUCAAUUGUCGGAGUUACCCACGGCAAGGAAGCAGAUGGCCGCGACCGCUGCGGAGGUACUCGCGAUGAGGGCGCAGGUGUUAGAGCGGACGGUUGUGCUGUUGGAGCGUGCAAAGCAUGGGGCAUUGUCUAGGGCUAUGAAGUCUAAGGCUGAGCAUUUGGCUACGGUUGCGCAGGGUAUUGAGGGGAAGUUGAACGUGAUGAAACUAGACAUUGGAUCUACCAUAUACACCCCCGAAACGAUUUCCGCCCUUGUGCGAUAUAAUCAACAUCUCCAGGCGGUGCGCGAACAGUUCGAAGAGAGACGAGAACUUGCCACGGAGGAGUUGAAUGGGGAGUCUGGAUCCGGUCUACUCGGUGAUAUUGCACAACAGUAUGCUAGUGUGAUCAAGGAAAUUGUUGCGGUGGAGAUGGAGAUGAAGAGUUUAGAGAAAAUCAAAAUGGCCGACGAUUCCCUCUCCAUCUACGACGAGAUCGAAAUCGAAGACAUGACCUUCGACCCCAACCUCCAAAUCUACCACUAUCCAUGUCCCUGCGGCGAUCGGUUCGAGAUUUGCAUUGACGAUUUGAGAGAUGGGGAGGAGAUCGCUGUGUGUCCGAGUUGUAGUUUGAUGAUUAGGGUUAUUUUUGAUGAGGCCGAUCUUCCUAAGGCGUGA